GGACGUUAUUCACGGGUUUAGGUUAUAACUGGCUAUGAUGCCCCCCUUUCUGCCUGCCAAUGUUAGCAGCUACUGUAUUCUCGACUCUCUGAGUCAUAUUCACUAACGCAGCUUCUCUCUCCCCCUGCCACCGAUUAUAUUUCUAUGCCCCAACCCUCUCUCUCCCCCUGCCGCCGGUCUCCCCUUGUCACACACGCAGCCCCUUUCUUAUCUAUGCCCCACCAAUGACGACACCACCACGUUUAAUAACCCCACUGUUUAUUUAAACCACUGUCAUCGUAUGUACAUUUUCAUAAUUGUUGUAAAGCGCCUUAGAUUAAAGGCACUAUUUAAGUAUAUAAGGUCAUUUAUGUUGAUCUCUGGGUGUCUUGGUUAUUGUUUUACUUUGACGUUUGUGUGUCGUUGUGUUUGUUAUUGAUGUUAUUUAAUUGUCCGUGUGUCUCUUGAUCUAUUCAAACAUUUCGUGCUACGUAUGUUGAACUUCUUUCGCGCCGUACGAAGCCAACCGUGCUAAUCAGAGGCGCUAGGAAAGGACAGCAAACUAAACACAAAAAACUGUUCUGCAGAAAUUAGUUUUCAAUCUAGAUUAUUUAAAAGCGCAUAGCUCCGAGUGGCUUCCUAAUAUCGGAAGGAAAGAGUGUUCCAGACGGCCGCUAGAUGCGGUGAUCACCAUCAUUGUUCGAUGGCUAGCAGGCGAAAGUCACUGCUGCUUCUGCGAGGAUGACUGGAAUUCACGUGGUUUAUUCACCUUGAGAUCAGCAGUGAGGUGAACGUGGAAGCAUUGGACACAAUCACUGCUGCACAGUUUGAUGCCAAGUCACCGACCAUCGCUACAAAGCAGAUGUGGAAGUUGUUGAAUGACGGCAGUCCCGCAAACCGCCGCCCGAUGCAACGCACUGCGAGAAAACUAAAACUCGGGAUCGCAAUGACCAAGCUGGUCACCAUGCGCGUGCUGCACGGCCACAAGAGGAUGCUGUUCCCCGUAUUGCUGCUUCUUUUGGCCAUGGCCGUCCUGGUGGUGCUCAUCCUCGGCUCCGCCCCCCCACUGAUUCUGCCCCGCCCCCUCAUGGCCUCCUUGACCCCGCCACCCCGUGGCCUCCUCAGCCCUGCCCCCAUGGGGCGGCACGCUCGAGCUGACGUGCGGCUGCACAAGGUGGGCACGUCGCGCGUCCUCGCCUUCUCGGCGUAUCUGGACACGCGCGGCGAUGGGCAGCCCCUCCUCCGUGUCUUCGCCCUCGCUCCCCGUGGCCCGCCGUGGCUGUGGCCAUGGCAGUGGUCGUGGCCAUGGCGGUGGCCGCGGUGGCGGUGGUGGUCAUUUGGGAAGGCGAGCUGCAGGAUGUUCUACGGUGAUGCCGAGCCCAGGCGCGCCAUCUCUGUGGCCGCCACACCAAAAAUGCCGAGCAACCAUUACAACUUUGAGUUCGCAGUCUUCAACUUCCUGUGCCGCGUGCCCAAGGGGGAGGCCCUCCCGAGCCACGUGGCGUUGGUGAUGGACGAGGAAGGUGGCGCCUCAUCAACUUCCUCCAUCUUCUCCUCGGUGCUGAUGCCGGUGCAGAACCGGGAGCCCUCCCCACCUCGGCACCACUUCGGGGUCUGCCUCCCCACCCUCUUCGGCGGCUUCAGCGACGCGCUGCUCCUCGUGCAGAGUAUGGAGUUGUACCGCCUGUUGGGCGCCGGCUUCGUCACCGUCUACAACACGAGCGUGAGCCCACAGGUGGACGCGCUGCUGCGCCACUACGCACGCUCGGGCUUCAUGGACGUGCAGCAGUGGCCAAUCACCGACUUCCUGAAUCCGUCCACUGGCUGGGACAUCAAUGUGAACCCGGGUGACCUGCACUACUAUGGGCAGAUCGCCACCCUGAACGACUGCCUGUACAGGAACAUGUACCGGGCGCGGUACUUGGCCAUGCAUGACCUGGAUGAGAUCAUCAUCCCCAGGGAGUGGCCCAACUGGCCCAAAAUGAUGGAGGCCCUGUCGAAGCAUGGCGCGUCUGCCUACUACUUCCGCAUGCACAACUUCCCGGUGGCAGAGACUGCGACGCGGGUCUCGAGCUCGGGCCUCCGGGUGCAUGGCACCGACAUCUUGGGCCACGUGGACAAGGUGACGUACCCACCCGGCGACGUGGCCUCCAAGGUGCUGCUGCAGCCCCGUGGCAUCGAGUUCCACGACGUGCACCGCGUGCUGGCGCUAAGGCCGGGCCACGGUCUCAGGCGGGUGCCGGACUCGCAGGCGACAGUGCAGCACUACAAGCGCUGGCGGAAGGAUUGGAACUUCCCAAGCCAUGCUGAGCUUACGCGUGACAUGAACCUGCUCAGAUACGCGGGGGACAUCGAGCGUGCCGUGAAGCGCACCCUCGAUGCCAUCGGUGAUGACAUCUCUACUGAGCUGAGCUGAGAGAAGUUCCCCCCCCCCCCCAACUCCAUGGGCCCUGCCUGCGGCCUGUAUCGGGGGACCUGCGUGGUGGUGUUCGUGAUGCUGUUGAGACGCAGGUGGGGCGGGGAACUUCUGUGCUGAGGUUCGAAUUGGACUCGUAAACACCCUUUUGGUGCGUGCCAAAGAGUUGUCACUAAACCGUACAUGACUGCACUAGUUUGGGUACGAGAGGGGGAUCUUUACAGAGAGCACUCGGGGCACCUUUGCCACUUGCAAGGGCAUCUUUAUUCACACCGUUGCCGCUCCCGUCUCUUGCCCUGUUUGUUCCCAAUCUUCUCUGUCUCUCAAUUCUAUUUGUAGUCAUUCUCCCUCCUUGGACCGCUCCACUUGAAUAAACUUCCCCUGUACAUUCAGCAGAGACCCCAUUGUUAACCCCCUUCCGUUCCUCUCUUAUAGGCUCUUCGCUUCUCCAUCGCUCAUUCUCUUCAUCUUCUUCACUCCCCACGCCCCUCCACUCCUUUCCAUCCCUCCCCUAUACCCAUUUUGUGAUCCCCAAGUACCCCUCUGUCGCUGUCGCUCAUUCCUCAAUCCUUGUAGCACGCCCACUGUCAAAUACAUCAUUCCAUUCUGUAAUUGACUUGUAAACUACAGUAGUUCCUCGGUUAAUGGUUUUUCGGCUAACGUUUCGCCUCCCAUUAGACCCCCAUGGUUUCCACUAACGUUACAAAUUUUGAUGUAAUGGUAUGUUUACGUUUUGCACGCGUGCACCAAUUUUGGCCAACCCGAGCGCUCGCAAGUGUGAUUGAGCCGUGCUCUCAGCCAAUCAGUGACACCCAUUUAUGAGCGUUUAGACCUCGACUGGCUUUGUUCACAUUACGUUCUCUGUUUUGGCAGUGGAAACAGCUCUAGCAGACGCAGUGAUUUUUUCUUCUUCUAUUUUUCAGCUCAUAAGUUAAUUCGAUUAACGGUUAUUCCGUUAACAGUAGUUUUCGUGGAACAGAUUGAGAACGUUAACCCGAGAGAAGACUGUAUAUCAACGCUUUGAGUGAAGGCGCUCGAUGUAAAUAUAAAUUCGGUUCGGUGAAUGAAUGUGAAUAUAAAAAAUUAACCCGUAAAAACAAAGUAUUUCACUAUAAAUCCUUUAUAUGCGUGGCAUCGGUUUUAUUUUAUCAUUCAUUUCUGUUUUUCUUGAGUAAGAGUUUCAUUUUUAUCACAUUGGUAUUUCAAAUAAAAUAUAAAAAAAAAAAAAUUUCCUAAAAAGUGGAAAAUUUUGGAAAAAAAUUUUCACGAAAAGAAAUUGUCACGCACAACGAGUCUGUGUGCAAAAUGUCAGCUCGAUUUGAUCACGGGAAGUGGGUUAAAAAACGACCGAAAGAUUUGCACGGUCGUAAGCGCGCAAGCAAGUGAACUUAAUAUAAAGGAUUUAAAAAAACCCGGGUUUGGCUCACAGCGAGUGGGAACAGAGACCUGGAACACUCGUGCAGAUGGAAGGUUGUUGCCUGUGGUCGUGGAAACAUUGAGCCAUUACGCCUGCCAGUGACAUUGUCGUAUGGACGUUUGUCGAAGACUCAACCUGACACAAAUCGCCAGGCGGUCCAAACCGACUUUGCAGUGACAACAGCAGCAGUAGCAUUAUUGUUGUGUUCAUUCAAUCUAACGAUGCAGAGUAAACAUCAAGGGAACUUUGCAUGGGUAACUCUGUUGGGUCGCGGCAUGCUUGGAAAGUUACACUGUUAGUUAUGUUGGGUUGGUAAGCAGUCUCAUGCAGACUUUGUGAGAUUGAGAUCAUCUCCGCCAAGUCACUGAUGCCAACCGCACCUCGUUAUUGCUUCCUAGUGCAAGACAUGGUGGUGAGAUGCGCGUGGAUUUUUCCACGGGCGCUCCGUUUCUUCCCCUCCACAAUUAGAAACGCGCGUUUAGAUUAUUUGGCUGCCAUAAAUUCCCACGUGAUGAUAAGUGACUUCGUUGCGCCAUCACUUGUGAUAGCUAGGCCGCUUUUGAAAAUUAGUUAUAUAGCUCAGUGGGCCGUAGCUGGUAAAAUAUAGAUAUUAUUUUAAGGAGUUUAUUGUGAUAAAUUUUUUAUUGUGUGUGCUUUUUCGUUUUUUUACCAUUUCUUAAUUUAUUUAUUUUUAGAUUUUGCUUGAUAGUACGUAGUAGGGUUUUAAUUUGCUCAGUAUGUUGGGUUUGUUUUCACGCAGUACGUAGGUAAUAUCAAGCAGUUGGUGAGAUUAACUACCCUCACCUGGUAUGCAGGAGGUCGUGGGUUCAAUCCCACUCAUAACGCCUGCUGUAUAUUUGGAUUGUAAAUGUUGUCCCCGUGGUCGUGUGGAUUGUUCUCUGGGUCCUCCGAUUUUUGGCCUCCAAAUUUUAAUCAAUCAAACUCCACCCGCGGUUGUAAAGAUAUGCAACUACUGUAUUAAAGAGGCGAUCACGUGGAUUUCGGAUUAACCGGGGCACUUAUUUACUCGGUUCAAGCACAUGACUUGUAAUUAACAAGAAGAACAAUGUAUAACUGUCUUUAGAUGAUUAAAUUUGGCUUAAGGGACAAUUCAUGCGUUAUUAAUUUAUGUCAAAAUCUCUACUGUCUAUAUAUCGUUCCAUGUUAUUACCAUACGUUUAGCCAGGUAGGAACUCACGAGACCAGGAUCGAGUCUCAAGGUCCACCUGAAAGGAACCUCACUGCAGAAAUAUAGACUGAGGGCAUCACUAACACCCGGAUUGCGAGCACAUCAGCUCCAACCUCGUCUCCCACCUCUGCAUUGCAGGAGUAUAGUAGAAUGAACUCAAGAGUACAGUACACAAUACCGAUGUUAUUAUACAUUUUGUUUUUAUAUCUGUGAAACAAUGUUUACCAUCUGUAUUAUUAUCAUCGUCACUAUUACCUAUACCCCAAUGAAACCCUCAUAUUUUGAAUCUAGAUUUGAAGUUUUCGUGACUGCAGGGAUCCAUACUCUUUGGUUCUUUUAGUAAAGUCAUGUAGGUAUAAAAUAAAUUAAAUUAAAUCACGACGUUUCGGGCGCAACACAAGCGUCUGUCGUCAGGUGGGACAACCACAGCAAGAACAAUUGCUGAAGUGGGCAAAAGCGCUGCUGUAACAAGAGGCUAUAUAGGCAAGAGAGGGGGGGGGGGCAAGGGGGGAGAGAUAGAGAGGGGGGUGUGGAGUAGAGGGAGGGGAGUGCUGCGAGAACGUUUAGAGGACGAGCAGAAACAAGUAUAACCCGUAAAAACAACGUUUUUCACUAAAUCCUUUAUAUGCGUGGCGGCUAGAGUCCUCUCGUCCUCUGGCUUGAGAUGGCUGCCACAUAUGGGUCAGAUGAUUGUCUGCCACCAUUAAGCAAUUGGUAAUUAAAUAUUUAAUUUGUUUUCCCUAAACAGUGUAAAAUUUUUGCAUUUUUUUUUCACGAAAAUUAAUUGUCACACAAAAUGAGUCUGUGUGGAAAAUGUCAGCUCGAUUGGAUCACGGGAAGUGGGUAAAAAACGAGCGAAAGAUUUGCACGGUCGUAAGCAAGCAAGCACGCACGCAAGCAAGCAAGCGAACUUAAUAUAAAGGAUUUAAAAAGAGGGAUUAAAGAGCAAGCACGGCAAAAUGCCGGGGGGGGGGGGGGGGGGAGUGAGCGGGGCUGGGAGUAGGAGGCUAAUAACUGUUUAUCCUCAUAUAUUGCUCAUGAAAGAAAUAACGCUGUCGAGAAUGCAUCCCCAUAUAUACGAUGGUACUAGCGCCUAGUGCAGCGGUCGGGAACCUAUGGCUCGCGAGCCAUAUAUGCCUCUUCCGGUGACGGCAUAUGGCUCCCAGACAAUUUUGAGUUGAAAAAAAGAAUAAAAAAAAAAUCAGUUUGGAACUGAUUUUAAAAUACUUGUGAUAUUGCUUAAUAAUACUGUGUCAUUUUAAAGUAAACAGAAAUUAGUUUUGAAGAUAAAAUUUCUCGGGUCACGGCACCCGUGACCAGAAGUCACAUUAAAAGUAAGGCAUUUUUAAUUUAGUAUACGUUAAAAAUACUAUAUGACUCUCAAUGAAAUAUAUUUAGAAAUAUUUGGCUUUUAUGGCUCUCCCAGUCAAAAAGGUUCCCGACCCCUGGCCUAGUCGUUGAGUGCUCACUUCUCCAGGAACAACGCGUUUUGAGUGCUAAGCCGAGAACUGCCUCUAUUCGGUACGCGAUGGCGGUUAUCACCAACAAUGUUGCACGCACAGCGACCCUUACAAAUGUAAGGAUUAACGUCGGAUAAGGAUAAACAGUUGUAGGUUUGCACAGCUUCCGUGUCUCUUCAGUGAGUAAAUGUUUCUUUUUACAGGUUUUGGUGUAAUAAUUCCAUUAAUCGAUCACGAAUUAAAAUUGACCGCCAUUUUCUGAGGGGAAAUGAUUCUGUAUUAAACACACUUUUGGAAAUAAACGUUUUCUCACAAAUAAAACACGCUUCGUGAUUUCUCCAAAGUUUAUUCAAUGUAUUUAUUUACCACAGCAGAUCGAUGUCUAAGUUUGGCAACAUUUUAACGAGCAUUAACAACGCAUCACUUCGCUCCACAACACUCCUCCAAACCACCAACAACAACCGAACACGGAACCACGCGGGUUUGGACCGAACUUUGUCA